AUGUUAAAAGAGAUUUUAGGCAACAAAGACUGGGAACUUGAAACAAUCAUUGAAAAUGGUGAUGUCAAGACAUUUCAAACAAUUCUUAUCGAUCAUCCAAAUAUCGUUAAAAUGAGAAGUGUUCAUGAAACAACACUGUUGAUGGAAGCAGCAUAUCACAACAAUCCAUUAAUAGUGAAAUGCUUGAUUGAUGCUGGUAGCGAUGUGUAUGCUGUGGAUGAAGAUAAAUGGAAUGCAUAUCACUACAGUGCAUGUUAUGGUCAUCAUGAUGUUUUGAAAGUUUUAAUUAAUCAUGACAUCACAAACAUUAACAACGUAAACAUUGACAAUAACACACCAUUACAUCUUGCAUCUCGUUAUGGUCACACUGAUUGUGUGAAGUUGUUGUUGUCUAUACCACAUAUCGAUGUCAAUAUACGUAACAGAUGGAAUGAAACUGCUUAUGAUGUUACUCGUAAUAACACGAUCAAACAUUUAUUAAAAGAACAUUAG